AUGGAUCCCAGUACCCCAACCCCCGUGAGCCGCAACGGCAACGUGAGCGAUAAGACCCAAGGCAAACGCAAGGCCGAAGAUAUCGAUACUACACCGCCUGAGCAGAAAAAGGACCAGCGCGCAACGUUUGCUAUCCCAGAGAGCAACCGAAGCCAAAAACUCUCUGGUUCGUCACACGCACCAUCAAGCUACCACCGCAAACGCGCGCGCAUAUCAGUGUCUACAGCUUUCACCACACCCGUGCACUCGCGUCCUGUGUCUAUCCAAGGCCAGAGCACGAACUUAGGGCCGACGCCUGAGGCGGGCAAGUUCGGCUCCUGCCAGCACCACGCGCAGCGUCAAAGCAUGUCGCAAGCCUCCAUCCCAAUCAGCGCCCUCGUAUCCCCACACGCGCCUUCCAUCGUGCCUUCUGGCAAGUUCCACAUGCGAGAUCCCAGACGCCCGCCAAAGAAACUCGGGGAAACGCCUUGGACGCUAAGAUUGCGCGGGGAGGAAGAGCACGGGUCGCCUGUUCAUGCUUGGUGUUUCUUUUUAGGAUUCGUUUUGUUUCCUGUUUGGACGCCGAGGACGCGCGUUGUUGGUGAUGAGAAAGGGGUGUCGUUGGAUGAUCCGCAGAUUGAGCAUGAUGCAAAAACAUGGCGGUUCAGGUGUCGCGUCAUGAGCGUGGCGUCGCUGUUUACAUACAUACCCUUCAUCAUCCUGGUCGUCUACUUCGUGCGACGAUAG